UUUCACUUCAAUACUUAAAAACUUAUUCAACUCUCUCUCUCCGCUCUUUCUCGAGUCCCGUCUUUAUAUAUAAACCCUACGUAUUUACUCUCCUCACACUCACCGAGUCAAACCCCCACGUGUCAAUGACCGACUCAUCCUUCACCUCCGUUAGACUAUCGUCUCCGGUGCUGCAGCAAGAGGAGGAGGAACAUCAUCACCACCAGCAGCAAGAAGACUCCCAUCGAACCAACAACAAGAAACGGGUUAGACCCGACCCGGGUUACCGAGGCGUCCGGAUGCGUACGUGGGGCAAAUGGGUCUCCGAGAUCCGAGAGCCUCGCAAGAAGAGCCGUAUCUGGCUCGGCACUUUCUCUACACCUGAGAUGGCGGCGCGUGCACACGACGCUGCUGCUCUCACUAUCAAAGGAACUUCCGCCGUCCUCAACUUCCCGGAGCUCGCAACUUACCUUCCCCGUCCAGCUUCCUCCUCUCCCCGCGACGUUCAAGCCGCAGCCGCCGUAGCCGCAGCCAUGGACUUCUCCUCCUCCUCUGCUCCCGUGGUCUCUGAUCCGACCAGCAGCAGCGUCGUCCCGGAGACGCAUUUGUCUUCCUCAUGCUAUUCGACGUCUACGUCGUCGUCAUUGUCACCGUCGAGCGAAGAAGAAGCAGCGUCGACGGCGGAAGAACUGAGCGAGAUAGUGGAGUUACCGAGUCUAGAGACGAGUUACGAUGAGUCGUGGAGCGAGUUUGUGUACGUUGACUCGGCGUAUCCACCUAGUUCACCUUGGUAUUUUAAUAACUGUUAUAGUUUUUGUUACCACAGCGACGAAAAUGGCAUUUCGAUGGCUGAACCUUUUGAGUCUUCCAAUUUUGGCCCCCUUUUUCCUUAG